GGGCGCGCGGAGUGGGACUCUUUCCGUUUGGUCCAGCCCCGUCGUGCACGCAGUUCCCAACACUUCUCGUCAUCCUGUCUUUGGUCUCUUUAUUCUGCUGAGCGGUGCUGUUAGGAUUUCUUUUUUUUCCCCUGACCACGUUCGCUAUGCUUUGAAGGGUCCAUCCUUUUUCCCAUUCAAUCAUCUGGAAGGAGCUGCCUCAGAAAUCUUCUUCUGCUUACAUGAAGAGCUCUAAAUGCUAUCCAGCAGGAGGUGCUACAGCAAGAUAAGCACAUCUCUGAAUUUUGAGGGUCUUGCUACUUAUGACAGCUCUACUUAGCUUCAACUAAGCAACAAGAUUAACACUCUAAAGUUCCAGAAAGAUUUUGAGGAGCAAGAGUGCUGAAGGAGGGCCAGUUUCCCCCAAAUUGGACUUCUCAGAACCUUUAAUAUGCUAAUGUGCAUUGUGAAUCUCCAAGAGGGGGAUAUGAUAUGCAGCAUUCUUGAAUACUUCUAAUGACAGGGAGCCCACUACCUCAUAAGCUACAGUGAGAAGAGGAGUUUGUUAUUUUAAACAGAGGCUGAAGAAACUAUAGAAUUAGCAGACAUAAGAAGAAAGUGGAGAAGGUAGAGGAUGGAGUUGCAGACUCUACAGGAAGCUCUUAAAGUGGAAAUUCAGGUUCACCAGAAACUGGUUGCUCAAAUGAAGCAGGAUCCACAGAAUGCUGAUUUAAAGAAACAGCUUCAUGAGCUCCAAGCCAAAAUCACAGCUUUGAGUGAGAAACAGAAACGAGUAGUUGAACAACUACGGAAGAACCUGAUGGUCAAGCAAGAACAACCAGACAAGUUCCAAAUACAGCCAUUGCCACAAUCUGAAAACAAACUACAAACAGCACAGCAGCAACCACUACAGCAGCUACAGCAACAACAGCAGUACCACCACCACCACGCCCAGUCAGCUGCACCCUCUCCCAAUCUGACCGCUUCACAGAAGACUGUAACUACAGCUUCUAUGAUUACCACAAAGACACUACCUCUCGUCUUGAAAGCAGCAACUGCGACCAUGCCUGCCUCUGUUGUGGGCCAGAGACCUACCAUUGCUAUGGUGACCGCCAUCAACAGUCAGAAGGCUGUGCUCAGCACUGAUGUGCAGAACACACCAGUCAACCUCCAGACGUCUAGUAAGGUCACUGGGCCUGGGGCAGAGGCUGUCCAAAUUGUGGCAAAAAACACAGUCACUCUGCAGGUUCAGGCAACACCUCCUCAACCCAUCAAAGUACCACAGUUUAUCCCACCUCCUAGACUCACUCCACGUCCAAACUUUCUUCCACAGGUUCGACCCAAGCCUGUGGCCCAGAAUAACAUUCCUAUUGCCCCAGCACCUCCUCCCAUGCUUGCAGCUCCUCAACUUAUCCAGAGGCCUGUUAUGCUGACCAAGUUUACCCCCACGACCCUCCCUACCUCCCAGAAUUCCAUCCACCCCGUCCGUGUCGUCAAUGGGCAGACUGCAACCAUAGCCAAAACGUUCCCCAUGGCCCAGCUCACCAGCAUUGUGAUAGCUACUCCAGGGACCAGACUCGCUGGACCUCAAACUGUACAGCUUAGCAAGCCAAGCCUUGAAAAACAGACAAUUAAAUCUCACACAGAAACAGAUGAGAAACAAACAGAGAGCCGCACCAUCACUCCGCCUGCUGCCCCCAAACCAAAACGGGAGGAGAACCCUCAGAAACUUGCCUUCAUGGUGUCUCUAGGGUUGGUAACACAUGACCAUCUAGAAGAAAUCCAAAGCAAGAGGCAAGAGCGAAAAAGAAGAACAACAGCAAACCCAGUGUACAGUGGAGCAGUCUUUGAGCCAGAGCGAAAGAAGAGUGCAGUCACAUACCUGAAUAGUACAAUGCAUCCUGGGACCCGGAAGAGAGGUCGUCCUCCAAAAUACAAUGCAGUGCUGGGGUUUGGAGCCCUUACCCCAACAUCCCCCCCAUCCAGUCAUCCUGACUCCCCUGAAAAUGAAAAGACAGAGACCACAUUCACUUUCCCUGCACCUGUUCAGCCUGUGUCCCUGCCCAGCCCCACCUCCACAGACGGUGAUAUCCAUGAGGAUUUUUGCAGCGUUUGCAGAAAAAGCGGUCAGUUGCUGAUGUGCGACACGUGUUCCCGUGUGUAUCAUCUGGACUGCUUAGACCCUCCUCUGAAAACGAUUCCCAAGGGCAUGUGGAUCUGUCCCAGAUGUCAGGACCAGAUGCUGAAGAAGGAAGAAGCAAUUCCAUGGCCUGGAACUUUAGCAAUUGUUCAUUCCUAUAUCGCCUACAAAGCAGCAAAAGAAGAAGAGAAACAGAAAUUACUUAAAUGGAGUUCAGAUUUAAAACAAGAAAGAGAACAACUAGAGCAGAAGGUGAAACAGCUCAGCAAUUCUAUAAGUAAAUGCAUGGAGAUGAAGAACAGCAUCCUGGCCCGGCAGAAGGAGAUGCACAGCUCCCUGGAGAAGGUAAAACAGCUCAUCCGCCUCAUCCACGGCAUCGACCUCUCCAGACCCGUAGACUCUGAGGCCGCUGUAGGGGCCGUCUCCAAUGGCCCGGACUGCACCCCCCCUGCCAGUGCCGCCACCUCCACGCCGGCCCCCUCCCCCUCCUCUCAGAGCUGCACAGCGAACUGUAACCCGGGGGAAGAGACUAAAUAACAGAGCCCUGCUAGGAGAAGCCGCGGGGUCCCGGCGGCAAGGAGAGCAAAACACUGAAGACUCUAGGAAAGCAAAGCCGGAUUUCUUCUGGAAAGUACGGAGUUCUUUUGGUUCUUUGGUUCCAGAGAGAGAGAAGAUGCUUGUGCCAGGUGGCACCAGAGUUUGCCAAUUGAUCCUUCUUAUUCUGUGUGUACAUGCAAAGAUUGGACCAUGUUACAUGAAAUAGUGCCAGCUGGAGGUUUUUUGCCAGCACCAUGCCAAGUGAAAUAAUAUAUUUACUCUCUCUAUUAUACACCAGUGUGUGCCUGCAGCAGCCUCCACAGCCACCAUGGGUUUGUUUUUGUUCUGUUGGGUGGGGAGCAGGGACGGGCGGAGGGAGGAGAGCAGGUUUCAGAUCCUUAUUUGCCGAGCCGUUUGUUUAGGUAGAGAAGACAAGUCCAAAGAGUGUGUGGGCUUUUCCUGUUUCUAAACUUUCACUACUAUAAAACCAAAAAAAGAAAAUCGAGAUUUAACC